AUGGCUCCGCCCGCGCCAAACGACCUCCUUAUCGACGUGCGCACACGCACCGAAUUCUCCACCGGCGCUCUCUCCAAUGACCUCCAUACCGCCACAAACAUCGAAUACCAAUUUAUCGCAUCCCUCUCCACCGUCUAUCGCGCUCUCGGCACCGAAGUCUCCAAAACAGACAACAUCACGCUGUACUGCCGGUCGGGGCGGCGAUCUAAUAUUGCGCUGCAGACGCUGAGGGAUCUGGGUUACGAGAAUGUGAGGGACAUUGGGGGACUUGAGGAAGCCAGGGCGGUGCUGAAGAGGGAGGAGUUUGGAAGAAGUACGGGGGCGGAUGAUGAGAUGAAGAGGUUGAGGUGGGGGAAAGAACAAGGGAAAGAGGGGACUAGCAAGAAGGCUUUUGGGACGUUACUUGAAGGGCUGAGGGGAUGUGAAUAA